AUGGCCCUCCGGUCGGCAUUCCGGCCGGCAUUACGGCCGUCCUCAAGGACAUCGACGGGCGACAUCUGCCCAUUUGCGCCAUUGACGCGACAAGCAAAACGUCGGAUGCAGCAGGACCACCGGAACAGACUGUCCAACAUUUGGCUGCCGGCACCUCAAGUCUUCCUGAAAGACGCCAAACAUGACGAAGAAUCCCAUGCAAAGCUCAUACGAGCGGGCUUCUUCCGCCAAGCGCAUUCGGGCGUCUUCCACAUGCUGCCAAUGGGGCUUCGAGUCCAGGACAAGAUCGAGGCGCUUGUGGACAAGCACAUGAAGGCCAUUGGCGGCUCGCGGGUGUCGCUGUCGAGCAUUUCGUCUGCGAAUCUCUGGGCACGAAGCGGCCGCCUGCAGAAUGUGCAGUCAGAGUUGUUCCAAUUCGCCGAUAGAAAAGAAGCCAAGUAUCUGUUGUCGCCAACGCACGAGGAGGAGAUUACCGAGCUGGUUUCUCAGAACGUGCGGUCGUACCGCGGCCUGCCCUUGCGGCUGUAUCAAAUUACCCGCAAAUACCGCGACGAGAUGCGUCCACGGCACGGCAUCCUGCGCUCACGCGAGUUCCUCAUGAAGGACAUGUACACCUUCGACGCCUCGGUGGAGGACGCCAUGGCCACCUACGAUCAUGUUCGCGCCGCCUACGCAGCCAUCUUUGCCACCCUCAAGGUGCCUGUACUCGCGGCUCAAGCCAGCUCAGGCGACAUGGGCGGCAAUCUGAGCCACGAGUACCACCUGGCAGCCUCUCUAGGCGAAGACUACGUUGCUCACUGUAGCAGCUGCGAUCUGGUGGCGAACACGGAGGUGCUGGAGGCAACCGUGGCUCCCAAAGCAGCAGGUCUUGAAGUCAAGUACGCUCAGGCGUGGCGCGGCAUCUCGCGCAACCACACGACGCUCGUCAAUGUAUGGUACCCGGCCGAGGCCAUCAAUGCAGCGACGGGCGAGACGGUGCGCUUGUCAGACGACGACAUUGACCCUCACGCUGUCAAGGCGGUUGUGCCGGACCUGCACUCGGGCAUCGAGAACGCGGCCGCUGCUUGGAAUGGCGUGCUGGCCAAGCUCAAGACCGAUACAGAGGCAGACACAGAACCUGCCAGCCGUCCCAAGAUUGUCAAUCUCGUCGACCAGCGACUCGUACAGAGUGACGGUUCUUUGGCUGCAGCGGUGGACAUCAACACCCGUCAGUGGCCCUUGUUCGGUUCUACAACAACGGGCCAUGCAGACGAGAUCACCCGCUACUUUGAUGUCGAAGCGCCUACCACUGCUGACGGCACCGGCCGCUCCCUCAACUUUGCCAAGCCGCGUACCGGCGACGACUGUCCGCGCUGCCACGGUCACGGCACGCUUGUCGUAGACCGCGCAAUCGAACUGGGCCACACAUUUUACCUUGGCACGCGCUACACAGCGCCCGAGGCCCUGGAUGUCAAGAUACCGGCCGAGGGCAGCGGCGCUGCGGGCGCGCAGGCCACGAUCGUGCCCGAGAUGGGCUGCUACGGCCUGGGCAUCUCGCGGAUCCUCGGCGCCGUCGCAGACCACCUGGCUGACCAGCAGGGUCUCAACUGGCCGCGGGCGAUUGCGCCGUUCGAGGUGGCGGUGAUUAUGGCGCCGCCCAGGCCUUCCAAGGCCGGCGCGGCAAAGGUUCCGGCCCAAGCGGCGGUGGCAGAGGGUGUGUACGAUAUUCUGGCUGGCCGGACGAACGCGUCCUCCAAAGGCACAGCGGAAGCUGAACUGGACGUCGUGCUCGAUGACCGCAAUGGUGCGUCGCUGCUCUACAAGCUCAAGGAUGCCGACCUGAUGGGAUACCCGGUGGUCGUUGUUGUGGGCAUGGCAUGGUUCAAGAGCGUCGGCACGGACGAUUUUGCUCGUGCAGAUAGUCUGCCGCUGGACGGCCUGGUGGAAGUGCAGUGCCGGCAGUUGGGCGUGAAAACGGAGGUGCCAUUGCGAGAUCUGCGAGCCUUUGUCGCAGGUUUGCUUGACCAACUGUAA